UGAGAGGGCUAAUAUCGUAAUUUGAUAAGCUUCCUUCCUUUCCUUCUUUCUUUCUUAUUUGCGAUCUGGAAGCCAGUUGUAGCAGACACCCAAGAGACUCUCAACAGAAAAAGAAAGAAACACAGACACAGCAGCUCUCUCUCUCUCUCUCUGUUUCUCUGUCUCUAAUCCUUGUAUAUCUUUCAAUAUACAUAUAUGUUAUUACAAAAAAUUGGGAGAGAAUAUGAAAAAAAUUAUAUAUAAAUAAUAUAUUUAUUGUAAUAAAUAAUAUGUAGUACUACAUGUAAAAGAAGAGAAAAAUAAGGCAGGCCGCCGUAGAGAAAGGUUGAUCGACUGGAGGGAAAGGAAUCGGCCGUGUUGUAAGGUGAGAAUCUGAGAGAUCGAUCGGACAAAAAUCGGCGAUGGGUGGAGAUUUAGGCGGAAGCACAAUCAGCAGCAGCAGUUCAAGCUCAGACUCAUCGUCGGCUCGAGCCGGCUUGGCGGAGCCGCAGUAUGUAAAGGCGAAGACGUCGGUUUGGUGGGACAUAGAGAACUGUCAGGUUCCCAAAGGCUCUGACCCCCACGCCAUAGCUCAGAACAUCAGCUCCGCCCUUGUCAAGAUCAACUACUGCGGCCCUGUUUCAAUCUCUGCUUACGGCGACACUAACCGCAUCCCUGCGUCUGUACAGCACGCGCUCUCUAGCACCGGCAUCGCUCUUAACCAUGUCCCCGCCGGCGUGAAAGAUGCGAGCGAUAAGAAAAUCCUAGUUGAUAUGCUGUUCUGGGCCGUAGAUAACCCAGCCCCUGCAAAUUAUUUGCUUAUAUCUGGUGAUAGGGACUUCUCUAAUGCCCUUCAUCAGCUGCGAAUGAGAAGAUAUAAUAUUCUCCUAGCACAGCCGCAAAAGGCUUCUGCACCCCUCAUUGCUGCCGCAAAGAGCGUAUGGCUAUGGACGAGCCUCUCUGCUGGUGGCUCUCCACUUUCAAAUGGUGAAUCAUCUCAGCUUGCUAAUGGUAACCAUUCCUUUAACCCUGAAACGUUGCAGCACCCAGGGUCUGAACCUUUCCAGACAAAUCAGCCGAUGAUUUAUCACGAAACCCUUUCUUUGGGAAAUCAGAAGCCCAACACCAUUGGAAGGACUGGUGAUCCUAAACUUAAAGGGAAACUGGUUAGGAAAACUUCAAAUCAGCCUAUCAUAUCGAGGGCCCCAAAUGUGCCAGUUGUGACUCAAGAGAGUAAGAACACUGAUCACCCUUACCAACAAGAAUAUGCACAGGCAAAGCAGUUUAAGAAAGCACCACACGAAUACUUUGGUCCUAAUGAGCCUGUAGUUUCUGCUAGCAGGUCUACUACUACAAAUUUCUUCCCUGGCAACUCUGAUCCUUCAGGUGGUAACGUCUAUAAUCUUCUAGGCAAUCCUCAAAGUCACUAUCCUCCGCCUUUGAGGCCAAACAACUUCCAUAUGCAGCCUACUUUUGGACAAGAUAAUCUACAUCCCCCUAACUUUCAUAAUCAUGGUUUUCGGCCUGUUCCUACCAGACCCGAUGGCCCUAGAUUUUCUUCAGCUCCACCUACAAAUAUUCCUGAUGUUGGUAAGUUAGGAAUCUUGGAAUACAGCAAUUAUGUUCAAAAUCCACAAAAUUUCCACCAUCGAAAUGGAGAAGAGUGUAAACCGAGGCCUGCCGAUAAACCGAGGCCUGCCGAUAAACCAAGGCCUGCCGAUAAACCGAGGCCUGCCAAUAAACCGAGGCCUGCCGAGUCAGCAAAUUCAGCUAGCUUAAAUAUAUCCCAAAAAGGCCAUAAUUUCAAUGGUGGUCAAGCAUUUCAUCAUGAUGCGAUUAACAAUAGGUACCCUCCUGGUUCUGAUUAUGUACCCGUGUCAUCCUCCCCUGUUGUUGCAAACAGUGUCUCUAGUAAUGGUAUCUGGGGAACCCAAGGAUGUGCACCGCCACCUGAGUAUGUUCAAGGUCUUAUUGGUGUUAUCUUACUUGCCUUAAACACCCUGAAAGUUGAAAAAAUUAUGCCUACUGAAGUCAACAUUACUGAUUGCAUUCGAUAUGGAGAUCCAAAACACUGCAACACUGAUGUAAAGAAAGCUUUGGAUUGUGCAAUAGAACAGCAUAUGGUAGUGAAGCAAAACUUAGGUGCAGUGCAAUUAUAUGUUGGUAAAAAUGAGAAACUAUGGAAGUGUGUGAACCUUAUAGGUGGUAAUGUCAAUCAUUAUCCAAAACCCAUGUGGGACAGAGUAGAAAAGUUUCUAGCUUCUUCAGCUGGACGAUCUGCACUACUGGCUUCUCAAUGCAGAUAUGAGGCAGCUUUGAUUCUAAAAAAAUCAUGCUUAGAAGAACUUUCCUUGGGCAACGUACUCCAGGUCUUGAAUAUGAUCGUCUCCAUGAAGAAAUGGAUCAUGCAUCAUCAGUCGGGAUGGAAACCAAUUACUAUUACCCUUGCAGAGACUCAAACUGAUAUAGGUACUGAAACUAGUGCCUGAUUUAAUCAAGAAUUGUUUUGGUGCUGGAAAAGUGGCCUUGGCUUUACUUUGGUUUUGGCAGCCAUAAACAUUUUAUUGGGACUUCUGAGGAUUGUGGAUCACAUUUAAAGAGCUAUAGUUAUUGAAUAUCUAUAAAACUAAGGGAGAGGGAACUUUUAGAUUGUGCGCAAAGUACGUAGAAAAUAAGUAGGCUGGACAUUCUUUUUUUUUUUUUUUUUUUUUUUUUUUUUUUGCCUUUUUGUUUGUGUGGUUACUAUGGGGGUUCUACUGAAUGAAAACCUACUAUGGGUGAGGUCACCUAUUACCUAUCUCAGCGAGCUGUGGCUGCAGAGAUGCAGUUAUCAGCUGCCUUUUUUAUGAAGGUGCACAUCUGCAUUGUGGGGAUUUUAUGCAUGACAAGUUGAUUGGUCGGGCACUUUGGCCUAAAGCGGGACUUUUAGACCAUAGAUAAGCAAGGAUGGCAUCGGGAAGUAUUACUGGGCAAGUACUUAGCUGUGGUCAAAGUUUUAGUAUCUUACCAUCUGGAAGGGAUUAUGUGGUUAUGUUUUGAAGACAUAUGCAAAUUGCCUGUGGGAUUAGCAUUAUUGAACACUAGUUCAUACUUGGAUAAUAUGAACUAGAGGAACAGGUUCUAUGUCGGCCAUUGUUUCAACACAGUGCAUAUUAUUUAAUUAAACAUCAGGGGAAGUUGGAGGGAAAAAGCUUGAAGCGACUAAAUAGACAUUGAUGGAGCAUACUACACUCACAUGUUAAAUCUUCUUUCAUGGGAGGCUGCUGUAAGGGCGGUUGUGGAAGGAUGUUACAGAACAACAUUCUGCAAAUACAUGCCUGUAAGUCUGCCUACAAUUUCUGAAAUACGAAGGAUGGAAUUCGAAUUUUUUUAAGUGCAUAGUGUUGGAAAGGUACUUUACUCUAGUAGUCUUCUAUUUGGAACUGUUUGUAUGAAUCAUCCUUCUGUUCAGGACAAUCCAGGGUGAAUAAUAGUUACAUAAAUUUGGAACCGACAUUUCAACCUUUCAUGUUGUUAUAAGGUUCAGGUUCAAGCUUUGAUUGAUAGGUACAGGUUGGCUUGAACCAGGAACUUGAAAUUUGUGAAUGCUUAUAAGUCCUUGUAUAAAUUGUCGUUGAAGCAAUUUAAUAAUGUAAGGUUAGGUUUUGUUUGUCCGUAGUUCGCAUUAGUUACAAAUGCCGAGUCGGGAAUGUUUAUUCAAUGUUGUUGAUGAAAGUUUAUGUUAUGAUGUAUUGAACUUUAUACCUGGCUUUCAGUUGGGUAUGUUUAUUCAAUAUUUGUCGAUGGAGGUUGAAUUUUAUA